AUGAUCCGUCGCACGGCACCAGCAGUGAGCUUCACAACGUCUCACCGCGCCCUGAUGCUGCGCACUAACCGCCCUCUUUUGUCCGCUGAUAUGCACUCGCUGGAACGCUUCAAAGUCGCGUGGGAUGAGAUGCCUGUUCAUCUAAUCGGUGCUUCGCGCAAGCAAUCUUUUGAGUGGUACUGGAAGUGUAUGUAUCAACUUGGCAUUCGCUCAACAUACCGCAUGACAAAGAGUCGAGUGGUUAUGAAUUGGUGCGCAGUGUUUGUUUUUAUGUAUCUGACAUACAUCUCUGUGUGCUUCUCGUCGUUUUACCAUAUAUACUAUCAGGACUGGCCCGAAGAAUUCAAGCGGGAGAACGCGCGGGCAUAUGCACAAUCCAAGGGUUCGGAUGUUUGGGCAGCGGAUGGCAAGUUUAUCAAACCGUACUUUCACAUAAAUCCUCCGAUGCUAACAAUGACGACUGAAGAUCUGUGA